AUGGUGAUAGAAACAUCAGUGCUCCGGGAUGAUUUCCGACUGAAUCCCACUGAUGUGGUUGUCGCUGCGGGUGAGCCAGCUAUCAUGGAAUGCCAGCCACCCCGUGGGCACCCAGAGCCGACCAUCUUCUGGAAGAAGGACAAGGUCCCUGUUAACGACCAGGAUGAGAGAAUCACGAUGCGUGGAGGAAAGUUGAUGAUUUCAAACACCAAGAGGAGUGAUGCUGGUAUGUACAUCUGUGUGGGGACCAAUAUGGUGGGCGAGAGGGACAGUGAUCCUGCUGAACUGACUGUCUUUGAACGCCCGAUCUUCAUCAGACGGCCAAUAAACCAGGUGGUGUUGGAGGACGACUCUGUCGAGUUCCGUUGCCAGGUUCAGGGGGACCCACAGCCCACGGUGCGCUGGAGAAAGGAUGACACUGACGUUGCCAGGGGCAG